UACGAGGAUUUGUCCGUGGAUUCGACAAAAAAUGAAAAGUGCUUCUUUUGUCGAAUAAUUAGUAAUAAGAAAAAUAACAAUUUUGGCAGAUGACAAUUUUUUUUUAUUGAACGUGAAGGUCUAUAAAUCACACGAAAAAAAACUUUUAAACAAUAAGUUUUAGUAAGGGAGGAAAACGAUUUGGUUAUUAAAGGAAUUUAAAGUUUACAAAUUAACACUCAACUGAAUUGAGCUGGAUAGUAGCACAACCUUAUUAUUUUUAGUGGCAAAAUGCUGUGAUGCAACCAGCAUCUAAAAAGCUUAAAAAAACGUGUAUAUUCAAAAAGUGAUUGCCACGCUUGUUGGUUUGUUAUUUCAGACGAGGUGGAUGAAUCUCAACAAUAUUCGGAAAUCGCGUUUUUGGGAUGUUACAUUUCCGGGAACACAUAACUCAGCAACGUGGUGUUGUUCCUUUAAUACGAAGUCUGAAUGGAGCAUUGAGAAUAAUGCUUUCAUUAAGCUUUAUGUUGUGUGUCAAAAAUUAACAAUUUAUCAGCAACUUACGCGGGGCAUUCGGUUUUUAGAUUUAAGGGUUUGUAAACCAUAUGGGAGAAAGAAAGAGCCUUAUUGCGCCCAUAAUGGUUUUCUUACAGUACCAUUUAGAAAAGUUUUAACACAAGUACGUCUCUUUUGUACAAGAAACCCAUCUGAAAUUAUCAUCCUUUCGAUUCGUCGUGAUGUGUCCCAUCUAAAUGACACGAAGAGUUUAGGCUUGAUUGAAUCAGAUUUUCUAGUUGCGCUACUCUUAAGGUGUUAUUUGGGUCCCGCUCUUACAGAGAAUGUUACCAUAGGAGAACUUGCAGACCGAAGUCAGCGUGUAAUUUAUUUUUUUGAAGAACAGGAACGAUUUCUUCCGUCAAACAUUUUCUCAAGUAGUAUUUCAUCAUCACAAGAAUUAAAUGUCAUGUUAAGCAAAAAAUUUUGGAGAUGCAUUGAUGAAAAACAGAAAGAGAAUCGGAAAAAAAAGAAGGAAAAACAUAAAUAUUCUGUUUCUUUUAAUACAAUACACGUACCAAAUAAAAAAACAAGUCCAUUUCAAGAGAACAUCAAAGUCAUCCAGAAUAAAGGAAAAUCAAUCAAAAAAGGUUACGCGAAAAAAGAAAAGAGGACUGGAAACCAAUUUGAUGCCUCUACUGACAAGAAAGUCAUGGGGAUAAUGGAUUCCGGAACCCAUAGAAAAGUAACCAAAUAUAAAGAUGCUAGUGAGGUGAAUACUUUAAAACCGAUGAUGUCUUUGUGGUUAAAAAAAAAUAUUUCGAAUUUGUGGUAUUCUCGUUUAGAAAGCUUACCCAGAAGAGUUUAUAAAGGAGUAUCAAGUAAUGAUUUAAAAAAAAUCUAUAUGGUGAAAAAAGUUAAUUGUGGCAAACUAGCAGCAAUCAGAAAAAGCUCGUUUGAACAAAUUACAAACAAUGCAUCAUUGCUUGAAAGUACACAAGUGCAUUUUGAUAAUAAUGAUAAGGUAAAAUGUAUUGAAAAGAAGAAUGUAAAACUAGUGGGUGAGUCGAAAAAGUCUGAAAAGAACAAGAAGAAUUUAUUGGAUAUUACUAAGACGAAGCUUCCGAAACGUCCAAUUUCAAAAACGGAAAAACAUCAAUUAAAAACAGCUAAAAAAUGUUUACAAAAAUAUAAUAGCACCCCUCUAUUACAAUGUAUGUUGGGUAACGAAAUUAAUAAUUUUUACCGGAAUCGUACAAUAUUCAAAAACAGUCAAAAAAAAGCAGUUUCUGACUUUUUCCCCGUAGUCGAUUCACGUAUAAGGGCAAGACAGAUAGAUCUCAAAGAAAAAUGGAAUUCCAGCUGUUUCAAUCCAGUUGUUCGAAAAAAUUUUCAAUGUAGCGUACCGCGUAUUAUAGAUGAGCCAUCUGCAAUUCAUGGUGACGAAUCCAAAAAAAAAAAUUCACAGUUGAUUCCUAUUAACCAGGUACGUGUAGUAACCUCUGGGGUGCGCGAAUUUCAAAAACGUGCUUCCGUUGUUGGUCAUCCAAAGAAUCAAAGCUGCAACUCGGAACUUUUAUGCGAUACAUUUAAGAAAAAUAUGAAAUUGCGAACUGUUACAAGAAGAAAAGAAAUGCGGUUAAAAAACACCAUUGAAGGAGGAGUCGACCGAAACAAACCUACAAGAAUUAUAUCGUUCAAUCAUCAAUUGCGGUCAACAAAAAAUCAUCAAUCCAAAACAUUAACAAAUUUUAAAUCACAUAGAAGUAGAGGUCAAAUGUGUAUAAAAAAUAGAUUAUCCUAUAUAGCUUUAAACAGUCUUGUUUCCCGGGCUAACAUUUGCGGUGGGGGAUAUUUUCACGCAAUGUUGACACCGUUUAUGUGUGGAGCCACGCGAAUGUUUAAAUCCUGGUCAGAAACAUCGGAGACCAGUCCAAUUACCUUAUGUGCUAAAUUAGUAAAAUGGAGUAUAUGUUAUGGAUCAACGCGACCACGCGUUCCCUUUGUUUUACGCAUUCUUGCUGGUGAAGUUACCCCUCCUGCAUUUGAGUCUUUUUCCCGAAUUUUCAAAACGGUGCAUUUCUGGACGAGUUGUUAUAUUUCCACAUUACUUUUCAACCAUUCAGGUUUAAAAGCUUAUGCAAGCGAAACACACAAAAUUUUAUUGAAAUCUGUUUUGAAGAAUACCAUACUGAAUAAUAUUAACUGUAUCACUCAUGAUUUCGCUAAUAGAUCUGUCAUUUUACGGAUUAUAAAGUCGAAUAAUUUUGGUUUUAAAAAUGAAUAAAAAUUACCUUAUUUCAUUUUGUACAUUGCCGGAAUUCUAAUUUUAUUUUUGUUUUUUUUAACAAUUAGAAAAGAUAAAGGCAUCAAUCAUAAAAUUUAAGUUUU